AUGGUUCUGUCUGAGAAUUCUAGCAGUGAUGAAAGUUUUCAAAACUUGGAUAAUAAUGAAACUGGUGAUCUAAUUGUACCAGAUUCUGAAUCUGAGCAAGAAAUGGACCAUUUAAAAGAAGUGCUAAGAAACAAGAUGUGGACUUACAAUCCAAGAGAGGACAUAGAAUUCAAGAAGGGACAGUUAUUCACUAAUGUUGAUGCCUUUAGAGCAGCACUGAAGGAUUAUGUGAUCCAAAAAGGAUUUCACAUCAAAAGGCUGAAGAAUGAGAAAACCAGGUGUACUGCAAUCUGUGAUGUUGCUGGAUGUACAUGGAGGAUUCAUGCGUCCCCUAUAGCUAAUUCAGUAACAUUUAUGAUUAAGACAUACACACAUGAACACACAUGUGUGAUGGAUAAUAAAAAUCGUAAGGCCACCUUUGACUGGAUGGCCAAAAAACUGAUAGCUGUGAGAACCUAUCCUAACUUGUCAAGAAAGGGCAUUGAAGCUGAGAUGCUAAAAUAUGGCGUGCAUCCUAACAAACAGCAAGUGUAUAGAGCCAAACAAAAGGCAAGAGAAGAGAUUGAAGGCACACAUUCAGAAUCAUAUAGUAAACUGUCCAAAUAUGUUGUGCUUCUUAGGCAACAUAAUCCUGGUAAUGUUUAUAAGAUUCAUUAUGACAGACCAAAUCUACUAGUUGAACCAAGGUUCCUGAGACUUUUUAUUAGCUUUAAAAGUCAGAAAGAUGGAUUUUUAGGUAGUUGUAGAUCCUUUGUUGGAUUUGAUGGAUGUCAUUUGAAAGGUAGUUUUGGUGGAGUAUUGCUGGCUGCUGUUGCAUUAGAUGGUAAUAACAGCAUAUUUUCCAUUGCUUUUGCUAUUGUUGAGGUAGAAAACAAAGAGACUUGGAGGGUGAACAUUGUAUAUGAACAGCUGCUGCCAUCUGCAAUUGGAAGAUACUGUUGCAGACAUAUUUCCAUGAACUUUAAGUCUCAAUUCCCUGGAGUGUUACUGAGCACCUUCUUUUGGCAAGCUGCUAAGAGUUAUGAUGCAAUUGGAUUUACACAAGCAAUGCAGAGAAUCAAGGUCAUGAAUAUAGAAGCAUGGAGGUACUUAUCCAAGAUUCCAGUUUCUACUUGGGCUAGACAUGCUUUCUCAACAGAUUUGAAAUGUGACCAUGUCACAAACAAUUUCACGGAAUCCUUCAAUGCUUGGAUUGGAGACUUAGGGUGCCAACCAAUACUGACACUUGUUGAAGGACUGAGGAAAAACUUUAUGAAGAAAUUACACAAAAGGUACCAAAAGGCUUGCACAUGGACGUCUGCUAUCCCAAAAAACAUCAUAGAAAAGCUCAAGAAAAUUGUAAUACAUUCUAGGAGAUGUUCAUUGCAGAUGGCCAGUGAGGAUUUGUUUGAAGUUACUGAUGGUGACAGAACGUUUAUAGUGAGUUUGAACCAGAAAACUUGUGACUGUGGAGCUUUCCAAUUGUCUAGACUCCCAUGCAAGCAUGCUGCACUUGGAAUUGUAUACAGAAGACAGAAGUUGGAGACAUACUGUGAUCCUUGCUUCUCAACAGAAAUGUAUCUCAAGACAUACAGUGGCAUGAUACAUCCAAUUCCUCACGAGAAGAGAUGGCCUCCAUUAAUUGAUGUCACACCAAAAACUGUCUUUCCACCACCAUUGAGAAGAGCUCCAGGUCGUCCAAGAGUUAAUAGAAGGAGAGGGCCUGAUGAGCCAAGCCAAUCUCAAGCAAAAAGGUCAACCACUAUGAGAUGUGGCAACUGCAAAGCUACUGGACAUAAUACUAUAACAUGUCAAAGAACACCUGGGACUCAAUUUGUUAGAGGAAAGCCAGGAAGGGGAAUUGCAAAUACAGGACUUGCAGGAUCUGUUCUAUGGGAUCAUGCUGAUGGCAAUGUGCCUAUUGUCGUUUCUAGUCAAGGCAGUAACCCAAGUUCAUCAACUCAAUCACCAUUAAUGAAUGCUGACUUGAAUCUGCAAACAGCAACCAAUGCUACUAAGAGAAAGAGAGGACGACCUUCCAACAAAUCUGCUCCAUCUGUUGUAUAUAACCCCAAAAGGAAAACUUCAACAGUAGUACCUCAACCAUUUGCAGGAAUGCAUACUGCUGCACUACAUCCCAGUGGAAGUGCCCAAGUACAAACUGAUGUCAACAUCAAUGCUUCAGUUUCUCAUGAUUCUCACAAUGUCAGCAGCAGCUUCACCUUUUAG